AUGUCAGUCGACCGUUUUCGUUUGCUGAAUGAUUUGAAGCUCCAGCUCCGAAAGGAGUUCUCCGAAAUCACGGCCACUUCGGCUACCAAUGUUUUCCCCGAAUCCUCGGAGUCCUUCAACGGCCUGGAUCCACAACAUCAAUUCAUGAUCCUGGCUUAUAUGGAGGCGCGUUUCCAUCUGCUCGAGGCUCUCUCCUUGAUGAGUACACUCGUGAAACGCAGACUACGGCUGGAAGAUGUCGACUUCAUUCUGGAGAACGGCAGCCUCCCGAUCGCUCGGAAGCCACCUGACGUGCGCAGCGGUACUGUGAUAUCUGGUCUCGCGGGGAUACUCAACAGGAUCAGACCUUUGGUGAAGAACAUCAUCAACGAUCACCCGAGACGAUUGAAUCUGUACGCCUACCGUUUGACACAGGUGGCGUUCAAAGGUCGCAUACGGGAACGAAUGAUUCGCAUGGAGAGGGCUGUGUUCGGUCUGAUCCUCGGGAGGCAUUUCAAGAAAGAGGCAUCGCACAAGUGUCCUAGGAUCGUUCAAUGGUUGGCGAUCACUUCCAAGGACAUUCUGGAAUCUCACUUGGGGCAAUUAUCUAUUUGCGACCAACUCCGUCUUAAAUACAUCAUCGAUCUAUCCGAGCGAUGGUCGCGGAUUUUCGGAGUUCGAGCUGAGAAUUUCAAAGUCCACUUCAGCGUUUUUCCGCAGUCGCUACGUGAGGAUUCUGUCGGAUCGACUCUGAGGAAGGGCAUGAUUUCACUCGGAGCCGCUGACGUCGCAAAGGUCUGUGAAGAACUUUUCGAACAACUUCUCCUCCUCAUGAGUCGGCUGAUUCGCCCUGCGCCAGAGCAGCGAUCUGAAUUGCUGGAGGUCUCUUUGAGACACGCACAAGGAAGAGUCAAAAAGUUCAUAGAAUCUUCGGAGCAGAGAUUCAACAUCGAUUCAGUCGUUCAGCUGUGGAAGGACUUACCGCUCCUGCCACCCUGUAUAUAUGCGCUCAUCGCGCGUCUGAAGCGUGACAAACGCCUCCCAAACAACGAUCGUUACAGGCUCUUGAUUUUUCUCAAGAAUGCAAGAUUGCCGAUACUUGAAGUUGAGAAAUUUUUCCGGAACAUCUACAACACCAACGUCGAUACGUCUUCACAAUGGACCACGAUCAGGGCUGGCCAUCUUCGAAGGGUCUACAGGAAUGAGAAAAGUAGUCAGCUCCGUUGCGCCAAGUUCGACAGAUAUUGCGUGUGGCAACGCGGGAGCGACUACGAUACGAGGAAAGUCCUCGUGAAGAUUCGCAAGGGACAACAGGACAAUCGGGAGACCGGUCUUUGGUGUUCCGGGGAGGAUUUCCAGAACCUGCUCAAAUCUCCGGGAAGUGUGUCGAACGCUGACUCAGCAAGGUCUCUUUGUGCAACACUCGGAUGCUUCCAAGGAUCUGAGGUACCAUUCUAUUCACCGCUGGGAUACUAUUUCAACACGAAGGCCCUCUCAAUUCGAAGCUCCAAGGCGGAUUAUCGAAGCGAUUCAUCCUCAGAAGAUUCUCUGUCUUGGUGAACCUGAAGACCCAGAUCGGAAUCUUCAUCGCGCGAUGACUUUUCGGCAAUUCAUUAAAUUUCCUCUCAACCCUCUGAUGACGCAUCGGGUCUCCUCGAGUCGAUCAGCUCCUGUAUUCUGCCUAUAUGAGCCAGUUUAGAGAUCCGCCGCGAGGAUGCCGACCUCGUUGA